AUGGGGCUGCCACUGGGCUGCUUGAUGGCCCUGUGCCUGGCCCUGACCUCGGCCAGGGGCGCGGAGCUGCGGAAAGAGGGCAGAGCCCGGAGCCACAGCCACAGCGUCUGCAGCACCUGGGGCGACUUCCACUACAAGACCUUCGACGGCGACGUCUUCCGCUUCCCCGGCCUCUGUGACUACAACCUGGCCUCCGACUGCCAGGACGCCUACAAGGAGUUCGCCGUGCACCUGCGGCGCAGCCCCGGCAGCGGUGGCGGCCACCCCCAGGUGGACUACAUCCUGCUGACCAUCGAGGAUGAUGCCGUCUACCUCACCCAACAGCUGGUCGUGGUGAACGGGGCCAUGGUCAGCACCCCUCACUACACCUCUGGGCUGCUCAUUGAGAAGAAUGACGCCUACACAAAGGUCUUCUCCCGCACUGGCCUGACCCUCUUGUGGAACCGAGAGGACUCAGUCAUGCUGGAGCUGGACGGCAAGUUCCGGAACCACACCUGCGGGCUCUGCGGCGACUACAACGGUCUGCAGUCCUACUCCGAGUUCCUCUCUGACGGUGUGCUCUUCAGCGCCAUCGAGUUCGGGAACAUGCAGAAGAUCAACAAGCCCGAGGUCACCUGCGAGGACCCUGCGGAGGAGUCUGCCCUCGAGUCCUGCUCUCAGCACCACGCCGAGUGCCGGAGGCUGCUGACGGCCGCGGCCUUCGAGGACUGCCUGGGCCUGCUGCCGCUGGAGCCCUACGUGGAGGCCUGCGCCCAGGACCGCUGCCGGUGCGCCGCCAACGCCUCCUGCCUGUGCAGCACCAUCGCCGAGUUCUCCCGCCAGUGUUCCCACGCCGGCGGGCGCCCGGGGAACUGGAGGACGGCCUCGCUCUGCCCCAAGACCUGCCCCGGGAACAUGGUUUACCUGGAGAGCGGCUCACCCUGCAUGGACAGCUGCUCGCACCUGGAGGUCAGCAACCUGUGUGAGGAGCACCGCAUGGAUGGCUGCUUCUGCCCCGAAGGCACCGUGUACGAUGACAUCGGGGACCAAGGCUGCAUCUCUGUGAGCCAGUGCCACUGCAGGCUGCACGGACGCUCGUACGCCCCGGGCCAGCAGGUCAACAGCAGCUGUGAGCAGUGCGUCUGCCAUGCCGGCCGCUGGGUGUGCAAAGACCUGCCGUGUCCCGGGACCUGCGCCCUGGAGGGCGGCUCCCACAUCACCACCUUCGACGGGAAGAAGUACACCUUCCACGGGGACUGCUACUACCUGCUGACCAAGGCCGACCAGGAAGACGCCUUUGCCCUCCUGGGCGAGCUGGGCCCCUGCGGCUCCACGGACAAGCAGACCUGCCUCAAGACGGUGGUGCUGCUGACCGACAAAAAGAAGAACGUGGUGGCCUUCAAGUCAGACGGCAGCGUCCUGCUGAACGAGCUACAGGUGACCCUGCCCCAUGUGACAGCGAGCUUCUCCAUCUUCCAACCAUCCUCCUACCACCUGGUGGUGAGCACGGCCUCCGGCCUCAGGCUGCAGGUGCAGCUGGAGCCCGUGAUGCAGCUGUUCCUGACGCUGGACCAGGCCGCCCAGGGCCACGUGCAGGGUCUCUGCGGGAAUUUCAACGGCCAGGAAGGCGACGACUUCCAGACGGCGGGCGGGCUGGUGGAGGCCACAGGGGCCAGCUUCGCCAACAGCUGGAAGGCCAAGUCCAGCUGCCAAGACAAACUGGACUGGCUGGACGACCCUUGCUCCCUCAACAUCGAGAGCGCCAACUAUGCCGACCACUGGUGCUCCCUCCUGAAGAACGAGGAGACGCCCUUCGGCAGGUGCCACUCUGCCGUUGACCCAGCCGAGUAUUACAAGAGGUGCAGAUACGACACCUGCAACUGUGAGAACAGCGAGGACUGCCUGUGCGCCGCCCUGUCUUCCUACGCCCGCGCCUGCGCCGCCCAGGGCGUGCUGCUGUGGGGCUGGCGGGCCGGCGUCUGCGACAAGGACGUGAGCGCCUGCCCCACGUCGCAGACCUUCCUGUACAACCUGACCACCUGCCAGCAGACCUGCCGCUCACUCUCCGAGGCUGACACCCACUGCCUCCAGGGCUUUGCCCCCGUGGACGGCUGUGGCUGCCCCGACCACACCUUUCUGGAUGAGAAGGGCUACUGUGUGCCCCUGGCCAAGUGCCCCUGCUACCACCAGGGCCUCUACCUGCAGGCGGGCAAAGUGGUCAUGAGGCAGGAGGAGCAAUGCGUCUGCCGGAAUGCCAGGCUGCACUGCACACGGGUCAGGCUGCUGGGCCAACGCUGUGCGGACCCAAAGAUUCACGUCGACUGUAACAACCUGACUGCGCUGGCCGUCCGGAGUCCCAGGCCCGUCAGCUGCCAGACCCUGGCUGCCGGCUCUUACCAGACGGAGUGCGUCAGCGGCUGCGUGUGCCCCGAGGGGCUGCUGGACGACGGCCGUGGGGGCUGCGUCAAGGAGGAGGAGUGCCCCUGUGUGCACAACCAGGACCUGUACAGCCCCGGGAGUAGGAUCCCCGUGGACUGCAACACCUGCACCUGCCAGAGAGGACGCUGGGCCUGCACCCAGACCAGGUGCCAUGGCACCUGCACUGUCUACGGGAGCGGCCACUACAUCACCUUUGACGGGAAGCUCUACGACUUCGACGGGCACUGCUCCUAUGUGGCCACUCAGGACUACUGCGGCCAGAACUCCUCACAGGGCUCCUUCAGCAUCAUCACCGAGAACGUCCCCUGCGGCACGACGGGCGUCACCUGCUCCAAGGCCAUCAAGAUCUUCCUGGGGAGGACGGAGCUGAAGCUGGAGGACAAGCAGCACACGGUCAUCGACCGUGACGAGGGCCCCUACGUGGCCUACACCACGCGGGAGGUGGGCCAGUACCUGGUGGUGGAGGCCAGCACCGGCGUCAUCGUCAUCUGGGACAAGAGGACCACCAUCUUCAUCAAGCUGGCCCCCUCCUACAAGGGCACCGUGUGCGGCCUGUGCGGGAACUUCGACCAGCGCUCCAGCAACGACUUCACCACGCGGGGCCACAUGGUGGUGGAGAGCGAGCUGGACUUCGGGAACAGCUGGAAGGAGGCCUCCACCUGCCCGGACGUGACCACCAUCCCCGAGCCCUGCACCAAGAACCCCCACCGCCUGGCCUGGGCCGAGAAGCAGUGUAGCAUCAUCAAGGGCCCCGUCUUCCAAGUCUGCCACAGCAAGGUGGACCCCAAACCCUUCUAUGAGAACUGCGUCCAAGACUCCUGCUCUUGUGACACCGGCGGGGACUGCGAGUGCUUCUGCUCCGCGGUGGCCUCCUACGCCCAGGAGUGCACCAAGGAGGGCGCCUGCGUGUUCUGGAGGACGCCGGAGCUGUGCCCCGUGUUCUGCGACUACUACAACCCCCCUGACGAAUGCGAGUGGCACUACGAGCCCUGCGGGAACCGCAGCUUCAGCACCUGCAGGACCGUCAACGGCAUCCACUCCAACAUCUCCGUGUCCUACCUGGAGGGCUGCUACCCUCGGUGCCCCGCGGACAAGCCCAUCUACGAGGAGGACCUGAAGAAGUGCGUCAGGAGGGAAGAAUGUGGCUGCUACGUGAACGGCACCUACUACCCGCCUGGAGCUCCCGUCCCCUCCGAGAAAGACUGCCAGUCUUGCGUGUGCAACGGCUCCUCACAGGUCGUCUGCCAGCCCGAGGAAGGGAAGAUCCUCAAUUUCACCCAGGACGGCGCCUUUUGCUACUGGGAGGUCUGCGGCCCCAACGGCACGGUGGAGAAGCAUUUCAACAUCUGCGUGUCCACCUCGACACGCCCUCCCACCUCGACGCGCCCGCCCACCUCGACACGCCCGCCCACCUCGACAGGCCCACUCACCUCGACUCGCCCUCCCACCUCGACACGCCCGCCCACCUCGACACCCCCUGCCACAACUCCUCUGUGCUGCUUCUGGUCCAACUGGAUCAACGAGAACCACCCGAGCCCCUGGCCCGACAGUGGCGACCGAGAGACGUUCCACAGCGUCUGCCAGGCCCCCGAGGACAUCGAGUGCAGGGCAGCCACGGAACCCCACCUCAGCUGGGAGGAUCUGGGCCAGAAGGCGCAGUGCAACCUCUCCGUUGGGUUCAUCUGCAACAAUGAAGACCAGUUUGGAAGCGGGCCGUUUGCCGUCUGUUACGACUACGAGAUUCGUGUCAACUGCUGUCUGCCAAUGGAUGAGUGUCCUGGGUCCCCAACCCCGACCAUGACAUCUGCCACCACCUCACCAACCACCUCGACCCCAGAAACGACGACACUCACCCCCACGCCAGAACCCACCACCAAGGUGACCCCGAACCGGACGCCCACCGCAACCCCAGAAACGACGACCACCACUGUGCCCACCACCACGCCCACACCGGAGUCAGCCCCCACCACUCCGUGUGUGGAAGACUGCCAGUGGACGGGCUGGGUGGACUCCGGGAAACCGAACUUUAACAAACCAGGUGGAGACUUUGAAUUCAUAAACAACGCCUGCCAGUCGGGCUUCGCAGCCAACAUCUCCUGCAGAGCCUCUCAGUUUCCAAGUGUCCCCAUGGAACAGCUGGGACAGAUCGUGCUGUGUGACCUCUCAGUCGGGCUGGUGUGCAGGAACGAAGACCAGAAGCCAGGGGGAGUCAUCCCACAGCCCUUCUGCCUCAACUACGAGAUCAACGUCUACUGCUGCAAACCCUGUGGCCCCUCAUCCACCACACCCACCACCACGACCACCAGAGUGACACCGGAGACCACCACACCCAGCAUCACGACCACCACGGAGGCACCACCCACCUCCACACCCACCACCACGACCACCACUGAGAUACCACCCAUCAGCUCACCCACCUCCACAACCACUGAGACACCACCCAGCACAACACCACCCACUACCACAACCAUCACAACCACCACCACGGUGACACCUGAGACCACCACACCCAGCACCACGACCACAGAGAUACCAUCCACCACCAACACUCAGACACCAAGCACAACCACACCUACCACCACGACCACCACAGAGGCACCACCUACCACCACACCCAUCACAACAACCACUGAGACACCACCCACCACCACGACCGCCACGGUGACACCGGAGACCACCACACCAAUCACUACCACCACAGAGAUACCAGGCACCACAACACCCACCUCCACAACCACCACUGAGACACCAAGGACCACCACACCCACCAGCACCACUGAAAUACCACCCACCAACACACCCACCACCAUUACCACCGAGGCACCACCCACCACCACCACUCAGACACCAAGCACAAGCACACCUACCACCACGACCACCACGGAGGCACCACCCACCUCCACACCCACCACCACGACCACCACUGAGAUACCACCCAUCAGCACACCCACCUCCACAACCACUGAGACACCACCCAGCACAACACCACCCACUACCACAACCAUCACAACCACCACCACAGUGACACCUGAGACCACCACACCCACCACCACGACCACGGAGAUACCACCCACCACCACCACUCAGACACCAAGCACAACCACACCUACCACCACGACCACCACGGAGGCACCACCCACCUCCACACCCACCACCACGACCACCACUGAGAUACCACCCAUCAGCACACCCACCUCCACAACCACUGAGACACCACCCAGCACAACACCACCCACUACCACAACCAUCACAACCACCACCACAGUGACACCUGAGACCACCACACCCACCACCACGACCACGGAGAUACCACCCACCACCACCACUCAGACACCAAGCACAACCACACCUACCACCACGACCACCACGGAGGCACCACCCACCUCCACACCCACCACCACGACCACCACUGAGAUACCACCCAUCAGCACACCCACCUCCACAACCACUGAGACACCACCCAGCACAACACCACCCACUACCACAACCAUCACAACCACCACCACAGUGACACCUGAGACCACCACACCCACCACCACAACCACGGAGAUACCACCCACCACCACCACUCAGACACCAGGCACAUCCACACCUACCACCACGACCACCACGGAGGCACCACCCACCUCCACACCCACCACCACCAGACUGACACCGGAGACCACCACACCCACCUCCACAACCACUGAGACACCACCUACCACCACGACCACCACAGAGGCACCACCUACCACCACACCCAUCACAACAACCACCACUGAGAUACCACCCAUUACCACAGCCACCUCCACAACCACCGAGAUACCACCCACCACCACGACCGCCACGGUGACACCGGAGACCACCACACCAAUCACCACGACCACACAGAUACCAGGCAUCACCACCAGCACCGAGGCACCACCCACCACCACCAUUGCGGUGACACAAGAGAGCACCACACCAACCACCAUGACCACAGAGAUACCAUCCACCACCACCACUCAGACACCAAGCACAACCACACCUACCACCACGACCACCACGGAGGCACCACCCACCUCCACACCCACCACCACGACCACCACUGAGAUACCACCCAUCAGCACACCCACCUCCACAACCACUGAGACACCACCCAGCACAACACCACCCACUACCACAACCAUCACAACCACCACCACAACCACGGAGAUACCAUCCACCACCACCACUCAGACACCAGGCACACCCACACCUACCACCACGACCACCACGGAGGCACCACCCACCUCCACACCCACCACCACCAGACUGACACCGGAGACCACCACACCAAUCACUACCACCACAGAGAUACCAGGCACCACCACCAGCACCGAGGCACCACCCACCACCACCACUACGGUGAUACAAGAGAGCACCACACCCACCUCCACAACCACUGAGACACCACCCAGCACAACACCACCCACUACCACAACCAUCACAACCACCACCACAGUGACACCUGAGACCACCACACCCACCACCACGACCACGGAGAUACCACCCACCACCACCACUCAGACACCAGGCACAACCACACCUACCACCACGACCACCACGGAGGCACCACCCACCUCCACACCCACCACCAUGACCACCACUGAGAUACCACCCAUCAGCACACCCACCUCCACAACCACUGAGACACCACCCAGCACAACACCACCCACUACCACAACCAUCACAACCACUACCACAGUGACACCAGAGACCACCACACCCAGCACCACGACCACAGAGAUACCACCCACCACCACCACUCAGACACCAGGCACAACCACACCUACCACCACGACCACCACAGAGGCACCACCUACCACCACACCCAUCACAACAACCACCACUGAGACACCACCCACCACCACGACCGCCACGGUGACACCGGAGACCACCACACCAAUCAGCACACCCACAGAGGUACCAGGCACCACAGCACCCACCACCACCACCACCGAGGUACCAAGCACCACCACAUCCACCACACCUACUACAACCACCACUGAGACACCAAGGACCACUACACCCACCAGCACCACUGAAAUACCACCCACCAACACACCCACCACUAUUACCACCAAGGCACCACCCAUCACCACCACUACAGUGACACAAGAGAGCACCACACCAACCACCACGACCACGGAGAUACCAGGCACCACAACACCCACCAUCACACCUACCACCACCAGCACUGAGAUACCACACACAGCCAUACCCACCACCACCACUACAGUGACACCAGAGAGCACCACACCAACCACCAUGACCACGGAGACACCAGGUACCACCACUCCAACCACCACCACGGAGAUACCAUCCACUGCCACCAUUGAGACACCACCCACCACCACACCAACCUCCAGGACCACGGAGAUACCAACCGCCACCACAACCACCACCACCGUGAUGACCACUCCCACCACAUCACCGACCACGCCAACUCCAGAAACGACGACCACCACACCAGAACCCACCACCACUGUGACCACCACCACGCCCACACCGGAGUCAGCCCCCACCACUCCGUGUGUGGAAGACUGCCAGUGGACGGGCUGGGUGGACUCCGGGAAACCGAACUUUAACAAACCAGGUGGAGACUUUGAAUUCAUAAACAACGCCUGCCAGUCGGGCUUCGCAGCCAACAUCUCCUGCAGAGCCUCUCAGUUUCCAAGUGUCCCCAUGGAACAGCUGGGACAGAUCGUGCUGUGUGACCUCUCAGUCGGGCUGGUGUGCAGGAACGAAGACCAGAAGCCAGGGGGAGUCAUCCCACAGCCCUUCUGCCUCAACUACGAGAUCAACGUCUACUGCUGCAAACCCUGUGGCCCCUCAUCCACCACACCCACCACCACGACCACCAGAGUGACACCGGAGACCACCACACCCAGCAUCACGACCACCACGGAGGCACCACCCACCUCCACACCCACCACCACGACCACCACUGAGAUACCACCCAUCAGCACACCCACCUCCACAACCACUGAGACACCACCCAGCACAACACCACCCACUACCACAACCAUCACAACCACCACCACGGUGACACCUGAGACCACCACACCCAGCACCACGACCACAGAGAUACCAUCCACCACCAACACUCAGACACCAAGCACAACCACACCUACCACCACGACCACCACAGAGGCACCACCUACCACCACACCCAUCACAACAACCACUGAGACACCACCCACCACCACGACCGCCACGGUGACACCGGAGACCACCACACCAAUCACUACCACCACAGAGAUACCAGGCACCACAACACCCACCUCCACAACCACCACUGAGACACCAAGGACCACCACACCCACCAGCACCACUGAAAUACCACCCACCAACACACCCACCACCAUUACCACCGAGGCACCACCCACCACCACCACUCAGACACCAGGCACAACCACACCUACCACCACGACCACCACGGAGGCACCACCCACCUCCACACCCACCUCCACAACCACUGAGACACCACCCAGCACAACACCACCCACUACCACAACCAUCACAACCACCACCACAGUGACACCUGAGACCACCACACCCACCACCACGACCACGGAGAUACCACCCACCACCGCCACUCAGACACCAGGCACAACCACACCUACCACCACGACCACCACGGAGGCACCACCCACCUCCACACCCACCACCACCAGACUGACACCGGAGACCACCACACCCACCUCCACAACCACUGAGACACCACCUACCACCACGACCACCACAGAGGCACCACCUACCACCACACCCAUCACAACAACCACCACUGAGAUACCACCCAUUACCACAGCCACCUCCACAACCACUGAGAUACCACCCACCACCAUGACCGCCAUAGUGACACCCGAGACCACCACACCAAUCACCACGACCACACAGAUACCAGGCAUCACCACCAGCACCGAGGCACCACCCACCACCACCACUGCGGUGACACAAGAGAGCACCACACCAACCACCACGACCACAGAGAUACCAUCCACCACCACCACUCAGACACCAGGCACACCCACACCUACCACCACGACCACCACGGAGGCACCACCCACCUCCACACCCACCACCACCAGACUGACACCGGAGGCCACCACACCCACCAUCAUGACCACCACUGAGAUACCACCCAUUACCACACCCACCUCCACAACCACUGAGACACCACCCAGCACAACACUACCCACUACCACAACCAUCACAACCACCACCACAGUGACACCUGAGACCACCACACCAAUCACCACAACCACAGAGACACCAUCCACCAGCACCACUCAGACACCAGGCACAACCACACCUACCACCACAACCACCACAGAGGCACCACCUACCACCACACCCGUCACAACCACCACUGAGAUACCACCCAUUACCACAGCCACCUCCACAACCACUGAGACACCACCCACCACCACGACCGCCACGGUGACACCGGAGACCACCACACCAAUCACUACCACCACAGAGAUACCAGGCACCACAACACCCACUUCCACAACCACCACUGAGACACCAAGGACCACCACACCCACCAGCACCACUGAAAUACCACCCACCAACACACCCACCACCAUUACCACCGAGGCACCGCCCACCACCACCACUACGGUGACACAAGAGACCACCAUGACCAUGGAGAUACCAGGCACCACAACACCCACCACCACCGAGGCACCAAGCACUUCCACACCCACCACCACAACCACCAGAGAGGCACCACCCACCACCAUACCAACCAUUACAACCACCACCAAAAUACCACCUACCACCACACCCAUCACAACCACCACUGAGACACCAAGCACCACCCCACCCACCAUUACUACCACCACUGAGACACCAUCCCCCACUACCUCCUCCAUCACCACCACGGUGACACCAGAGAGCACCACAGCAGCCACCACAACUACUGAGAUACCAGGCACUACAACACCCAUCAUCACCACCACCGAGACACCACCCACCACCGCACCUACCACAACCAGCACUGAGACACCAAGCACCACCACACCUACCAGUACCACUGAGACACCACUCACCACCACACCCACCACCACUACCACUACAGUGACACCAGAGAGCACCACAGCAGCCACCACCACUACUGAGACACCACUCACCACCACACCCACCACCACCGAGACACCACCCACCCCCACCCAUGUCACCACCACCGAAAUACCACCCACCACCACACCUUCCACAACCAGCACUGAGACACCAAGCACCACCACACCCACCAUCAGUGUCUCUACCCCCAUGCCGAUCCCGACCAUUACCCCAACCUCCCCUCCUGGUGUUUGGAAAUGCUGCGUUUUGAACGACACGUACUAUGCUCCAGGCGAGCAGGUGUACAGCGGCACUCACGGAGACACCUGCUACUACGCCAACUGCUCUGUGAGCUGCACCAUUGAGAUCUUCAACUGGUCGUGCCCAUCCACACCCUCCCCCAAGCCCACACCAUCCACACCAACACCCUCUUCCACACCAAGCCCACCUGUGCCCACGACGUCACGCAUGCCGACCCCCACCAAACCCCCAGGGUGCCCGGACUUCGACCCUCCCAGACAGGAGAACGAGACCUGGUGGCUGUGCAACUGCACCAUGGCCGUCUGCAAGCACGACAACACUGUGGAGCUGGUGCAGGUGGAGUGCAAGCCCCCGCCCAUGCCCACCUGUUCCAACAACCUCACACCCGUGCGUGUCAUGGACCCCGAUGGCUGCUGCUGGCACUGGGAGUGUGACUGCUACUGCACGGGCUGGGGGGACCCGCACUACGUCACCUUCGACGGACUCUACUACAGCUACCAGGGCAACUGCACCUACGUGCUGGUGGAGGAGGUCGCCCCCAACGUGGACAACUUCGGGGUCUACAUCGACAACUACCACUGCGACGUCCACGACCAGGUGUCCUGCCCCCGCACGCUCAUCGUGCUCCACGAGACCCAGGAGGUGCUGAUCAGGACGGUGCACAUGUCCCCCGUGAAGGUGCAGGUGCAGGUCAACAAGCAGGUCGUGGCCCUGCCCUACAAGAAGUUCGGGCUGCAGGUGUACGAGUCGGGCAUCAACUACGUGGUGGACAUCCCCGAGCUGGGCGUGGUCGUCUCCUACAACGGCCUCUCCUUCUCCAUCCGGCUGCCCUACUACCGCUUCGGCAACAACACCAAGGGCCAGUGUGGCACCUGCAACAACAACACGCAGGAUGACUGCGUGCUGCCCAGCGGCGAGGUCGUCUCCAACUGUGAGGUCGCAGCUGACCAGUGGGUGGUGAACGACCCGACCAAGCCACAGUGUCCCCAGUCCAGCCUCACUACCCGGCGCCCAGCCACCACGACCGCAGGGGGCGGCCUGGUCCCCCCCCACAAGAACUGUUCAUCUCCUCUCUGCGAGCUCAUCAAGGACAGCCUGUUUGCCCCGUGCCAUGCUCUAGUGCCCCCCCAGCACUACUACGAAGCCUGCGUGUUUGACACCUGCUUUGUGCCCAACUCCGGCAUGGAGUGCACCAGCCUGCAGGCCUACGCUGCCCUCUGCGCCCAGCAGGGCGCCUGCAUCGACUGGCGGAACCGCACCCACGGGGCCUGCCCGCUGGUGUGCCCGUCCCACAGGGAGUACCGGGCCUGCGGGCCUGUGCAGGAGCCCACCUGCAAGUCCAGCUUCCCGCAGAACAGCACCCUGCUGGUGGAAGGCUGCUUCUGCCCCGAGGGCACCACGAGCUACGCCCCUGGCUUUGACGUCUGCGUAGAUGUGUGUGGCUGCGUGGGACCGGACAACGUGCCCAGAGAGUUUGGGGAGCACUUCGAGUUCGACUGCAAGGACUGCGUGUGCCUGGAGGGCGGAAGCGGCAUUGUCUGUCAGCCCAAGAAGUGCAGCCAGAACCUGCCCGCCCAGUGCUCCGAGGAUGGCACCUACCCGGUCACUGAAGUCGACCCGUCGGACACCUGCUGCAACAUCACCUCCUGCAAGUGCAACACCAGCCUGUGCAAGGAGAAGGCCCCGCAGUGCCCGCUGGGCUUCGAGGUGAAGAGCGAGAUGCUGCUGGGGCGGUGCUGCCCCUUCUACUCCUGCGUGCCCAAGGGCGUGUGCGUGGUCGGUAACGCUGAGUACCAGCCCGGCUCGCCAGUGCACUCCUCUAAGUGCCAGGUGUGUGUCUGCACCAACGUCACGGACAGCGCCACGCAGCUCAAGGAGGUGUCCUGUAGCCGCGUGCCCUGCACCCAAGUCUGCAACCCAGGCUUCGGGCUGGUGAACGUCUCGGGCGAGUGCUGCCCCCGGUGCCAGCAGACCCAGUGUAUCAUCCGCAGGCCCGGCGAGGAGCAACCCCUCAUCCUGCAGCCCGGGAACAUAAUAAAGGACCCUGGGAACAACUGCACCCUCUUCAGCUGCGUGGAAAUCCACAACCAGCUGAUCUCGUCCGUCUCCAACAUCACCUGCCCCGACUUCGACCCCAGAGACUGCCUCCCGGGCUCCAUCACCCUCAUGCCCAAUGGCUGCUGCAAGAAAUGCAUCCCUCGCAAUGAGACCAGGCUCCCCUGCGCCACGGUCCCUGUCACCCGGGAGAUUUCAGAUGGCGGCUGCACCGCGAAUGUCACCAUGAAUUACUGCACCGGGUCCUGUGGGACCUUCUCCAUGUACUCGGCCGAGGCUCAGGCCCUGGACCACCAGUGCUCCUGCUGCAAGGAGGAGCGCACCAGCCAGCGGGAGGUACAGCUGCUCUGCUCCGACGGCAGCCAGCGGAGUCACACCUACACCCACAUCGAGAGCUGCCUGUGCCAGGACAGCGCGUGCCAGCCCCUGACUGCCCAGCGCAGGGCCUCUGGCCGCGCCCGGCGCUCCGGGAGGGGCUGA